AUGGGUGCCUACAAGUAUCUCGAGGAACUUGCCAGAAAGAAGCAAUCUGAUGUCUCCCGUUUCUUGCUCCGUGUUAGAUGUUGGGAAUUCAGACAAUUGAAUGUCAUUCACCGUGCUUCUCGCCCUUCUCGUCCCGAUAAGGCUCGUCGUUUGGGUUACAAGGCCAAGCAAGGUUUCGUCAUCUACCGUAUCCGUGUCCGUCGUGGUGGUCGUAAGAGACCUGUUCCCAAGGGUGCUACCUACGGUAAGCCUGUCAAUGAGGGUGUUUCUCAACUCAAGUAUCAACGUUCUCUCCGUUCCACUGCUGAGGAGCGUAUUGGUCGCAAGUGUGCUAACCUCCGUGUCUUGAACUCUUACUGGGUUAACCAAGAUGCUACCUACAAGUACUUUGAAGUUAUCCUCGUUGAUCCCUCUCACAAGGCUAUCCGUCGUGAUGCUCACAUCAACUGGAUCGCUAACCCCGUCCACAAGCGUCGUGAGGCCCGUGGUCUUACUGCCAUCGGUAAGAAGUCUCGUGGUCACGGAAAGGGUCACCGUUUCAACAACACCAAGGGUUCUGGUCGUCGUGCCACCUGGAAGCGUCGCAACACCCUCUCUCUCCGUCGUUAUCGUUAA